GAUUAAUGGGCUUGAGAUUGCAAUCAAGCCCAGGGGAACUAUUUGGAGGCCCAAAUCCAUGGGGUUCUUUGUUUUCCCACGGCUCGUUUCAAUUUCAGCGGUAAUGGAAUGAAGCCGUAAACCCAAAAGCCAAAACCCUCUUCAGACACCGUACGCCGGAGGCCCCAUUUUCCGACGCAAAUACCGGCGAGCAUUGCGGAUGUCUGCUGCUGUGCGUAGCAAUCUUAAGGUCUGCCCUUCUUUCCCUCUCUUUCUCCACAUAAGCUCAGAAGCGCUUGUUCACUUUCGGUCUGUUCCCCGCGAUAGACUAAGAAUUUGUCCUCAGUUGAUUCAGUUUGUUUGCUUUAACAGCUCGAGCUCGUUUCGUGUUGCCUCAAAAUUCGAUUUUCUUGGACAGUUUUCACCUUUCAGCAGUAGUUACGACGAUGACUCGUUCAACACUGUGAUUAAUUCGAAUGAGAGGCGUAAACUCGCUGUUGGAAUUUCAAAGAUUAUCAAACAGGGGAAAGGGUAUCUUUUACAGGGAUUUUCCAGCAAUUUCUGCGCGUUUGCCCUGGUAAAGAUCAUGAAAUUGCUUUUGAAAGAGGAGGCUGCAAUUGCAUUUUUCAAAUAUGUCUUUCGUGAUCAUUCAGAUGGUGUAGUUCGACAAUGUUGUGUUGCUGUGCAUUUAUUAGUGGCUGAAGAAUUUAGGCUUAUGGCCCAAGAUGUGCUCGGGUGGGUGAUUCAGGAAAUAGGAGAGGAAAGGAGCUAUAAUAUUGUGUGGCAAGAGUAUUUUAAGGAUGCACUGGACUUUUUCAUUCUUGAUGCAUUAAUGCGCUCUUUUACAAAAGCGGAAAUGGCAUCUUGUGCCUUGGAGGUUUUGGGUAGAAUGAGAGAAGUUGGUCGGAGGCCGAGUGUUUCAGCAAUUUGUGUUCUGUUAAAAUUGUUGCUUAGAUUUGGUUAUUGUGGCAGUGUGUGGAAGUUGUAUAGAGACAUGGUUUGUAAAGGACCCAUUCCUUCAAUUUAUAUAUACAAUAUGAUGAUUCUUGGCUUUUGUAGAAGAGGAUGCAUAAGGAUUGGAGAAAGUUUGUUGUAUGUAAUGCAGAAGUUUGGAUGUGAACCAGAUGUGCAUACGUAUAACAUUUUAAUCAAUGCGUAUUGUGUUAGGGGUUGGACUUUGGAUGCAUUAAAUUGGGUGCAUCUGAUGGUUGAAAGUGGUUGCAACCCAAGCCCCGCCACAUUUAGUACAAUCAUAAAUGCCUUCUGCAAGGAGGGUAAUAUUGCCGAAGCCAGAAAAAUCUUUGAUGGGAUGCAAGAAAUUGGAGUGUUUCCAAACACUGCGUUGUAUAACGCUUUGAUGGAUGGCUAUGUUAAGGCAAGAGAAAUUGGUCUGGCAAAUAUGCUUUAUGAAGAGAUGAGAAGCAAAGGUGUGGCUCCUGAUAGUGUGACUUUCAACAUUUUAGCUGCAGGACAUUACAAGUAUGGCAAGGAGGAGGAUGGGGAACAAUUGCUCAGGAACCUAUCAAUGAUUGGAUUGGUUCCAGAUUCUUCAUUGUCUGAUAUAUCAAUUGGAGGACUAUGUUGGGCAGGGAGAUUAGAUGAAGCUUUGGAAUUGUUGGAGAAUAUGCUUGAGAAAGGGGUUCCUGUUAGUGUAAUAGCAUUUAAUUCCUUAAUUGUUGCCUAUGGCAAAGCAGGGUUAGAAGACAAAGCUUUUGAAGUCUAUAACAUUAUGGUGAAAUUUGGCCUAACUCCUUCAGCUUCUACCUGUACUUCACUUCUUCUAGGCUUGACUAAAAUUGGAAGGCUCCAAGAAGCCAACUCUCUUAUAUAUGAGAUGAUAGAAAAGGGUUAUCCCGUCAGUAAAGUGGCUUUUACUGUGGUUCUAGAUGGGUAUUUCAAGAAAGGGGAUAUGAUGAGAGCUCAGGGUCUGUGGAGAGAAAUGGAGGUGCUGGGGAUGGCUCCUGAUGCUGUUGCAUUUUCUGCAUUCAUUGAUGGACUUGCUAAAGGAGGUUUUGUUGAAGAGGCUUAUGAUAUGUUCUUAAAAAUGACGAGCAAAGGACUUGUUCCUAAUAACUUUGCUUACAAUUCGUUAAUUUCUGGUUUUUGCAACUGUGGCAAACUAAAUGAAGCAUUGAAGUUGGAAAUGGAGAUGAGGGAGAGGGGUCUGCUGCCAGAUCGUCUCACCUACAACAUUAUUAUCAAGGGGUUCUGUAAACAGGGCAGGAUGAAGUCGGCAACAGAGACCUACAUUGAAAUGCAAAGACAUGGCUUUACCCCAGAUAUUGUGACUUACAACACUUUGAUCAGUGGAUACUGCAGGCAGUUUGACAUGUUAAAUGCGGAGUAUUUGGCAAACACAAUGCUGUCUAGUGGUUGGGACCCAGAUGUUACAACCUAUAACAUACAGAUUCAUGGUUACUGCAGAAGCCAGAGGAUGAAUCGAGCUAUUAUGAUGUUUGAUGAGCUUAUUUCUACUGGAAUAGUUCCAGAUACAGUUACCUACAAUACUCUGAUGAAUGGUGUCUGCCAUGAUAUACUAGAUCGUGCAAUGAUCUUGACCGGAAAAUUACUUAAGAUGGCCUUUAUUCCAGAUGUAGUUACAACUAACCUAUUAUUGUCCAACCUACGCAAGCAAGGGUUACCGCACAGGACGGCGAUGUGGGCAAAGAAGUUGAGGGAGAUUCCCUUUGAGUUUGAUGAAAUAACAUAUAAGAUUUUGGAAAAAGCAUAUCAUGAUAUAGAAGAAGAUAUUGAUUGUACAAAAGAAAUAACAGGGAAGAGUCUCUUUAUAGACUUCCUAAUGUACAUAACAUAUGACUUUAUACAUAGAAAUAGGAUGUAUCAGAAAACAAGCUUUGACCUUUUUGAAUUCGCUGACAAUCAGUCCAGCACAACGCAGAAGCCAUCAGCAGAUGAGUAUAUGAAAUGACUGCUUGAUAGUGUUUGGUUUUGCUAUAUAAAGACAUCUUCGGUACACCAGCUGGAACUUACACCUGGAUCAGAAUCUGGAAGUCUGAACGAAUGACUCCUCAAUGUGCCUCUUGUAGGUUUCUUUUAUGAGGAACGAUAACUUAUUCGUCAAUGACUCGCCAAACUGUUGAAUUUCAAAUUUAGAAUGGCAUGCUAAUGCUAUUACCAUUGAUAUUUAACGGUUGAAAGGUUUUGCUCAAUUUGAUGAAUGAGAAGAGAGCAAGCCGAAUCACUAGUUCUGCACCAUUCUUCUUUUUUGCUAGUGUGUGACAAUAACUGAGGUUGGCAAAUUCUCAUGACCUCACUUUAAUGCCUAUUCAGGUGAGGUGAUGGGUGUUCAAUUUGGCAAAUGUCUUAUGACCUGGACCGACUACCCCAGUCUCUAUGUGUUGAAAUCAUAUUGACCUUGAGAGAGUAGUCUUAUAAAUGGAGUGUUUCUUAUGCCAAAAUUGAGUAGGGAUGAGAACAGCUGUGGUCUACACAGACUAACAGACUCAAACUCACCAUCUGAGAUUUCUCAUUAUUAGCAGGCUGAAUUAAUAAUCUCAUCUUGCAAUUUGCCCCACGAAUAACAUUUGAUGGGAGACAGCAACAGCAUUUUGCAGUACAAGAUGAUGACUAGUUAAUUGACAACCACAUGUGUACAGAGACUUUGGUCAGAUUGGUUCUAAUGUUCUUUUUUCCCUAUUAGCCUCGAACAGAUGUCUCCAUUAUUUUUGGUAUCCACACCUUUUAAGUGGGAACCAAUUUAGUUCUUCCUUAUGCUCAGUUAACACUUGAUGAUCAUAAGGAACUCUGUAGGCUAGUUGAGAUCCUAAAGUUUGAUUGAGAUUUGAACACACUGUUUCUUAUUUCUGUAACUUUUAAUACUAAAUCCUCUUAGAUGAUCAUUGUGUACAAUAUACAUUGAACCGAAAGUAAAGAAAGGCAAGAGUUAACAGGUUUUCCUGUUAAGAGAAAGGAACCUGGUAUUUCAGCUUCACUAACCUAUGCAUUUGCUGUCUGUUAAAGAGUGUGAAACUGCAUCUAAUAAUGCAGCAGAUGAUAGAUUAAGGAGCAUUCAAGUUGUUGCUUUUAAGAAACUGAAGUAGCUAUGGUAAUUGGGUCAAGCGUUUAGGUGGUUAUUCUUUAGUACAAGGAUAGCUACAGAAAAGAAAACCAACCACCAGUAUGAGAAAUUUAAGCUCAGAUUGAGUUCGAUCACACAUGGCAAGUAAAAUAACACUGCCGCACAAUUAAUUGGAUGAAAGUAGAAAUCAAGACUGGAUGAGAAUUUUC